UGAGAGAUCCGCCUCGUAUGUAAGCGCAGCAGAUCUCGUUUCAAUGUUGAAAGCACAGUGGCACUGUUUACUGCCGGCUGCACGGCGCGUAUUCAAUCACACUGCGCUUCGGACUCCAGGAGCGAUGGCAUUCUGUUCUAUCGGCUGCCUUUUGGUUUUGGUCGCUCAGUAUGGGCUGACGGAACCAGUAGUUGACUCCGUCCCGUCGUUACACACCGCGGAACCGGGCGGGAAUAUCACGCUGAAAUGCGGAGCUGAUCCAAAUAAAAUAAACCAAUAUGCACAUGCACGGGUUACCUGGUACCGGCAGGAGCCGGACGGGCGAAUCCAGAUCGUCACAACCCUGAGCACGGGUUACUUAAAAGAGGGCCGGUAUUCCGGAACAGUCGACAACAAGAACGGACAGUAUAAUUUAACCAUUGCGGGCCUCCACAGAACCGACUCGGCCGUGUAUUUCUGUAUAGCGAGAGCAGCUCUCCUGUUCGCACCUGGGUCCAGCACCAAACUCGUUGUAUCAGAUUGCGUUCCUGUGUUGUUUUACGGACUGCCCGCCGUUCUCCUGCUAAUUCUGGUCGUGGUGUCUGUGGCGUGUGUUUACAGAAGACUUCAUAAAACUAAAACCGAUCACAAGUCCAGCGACGCACCCUGCCGUCCUCAGCGCCCCGCCCGACACAGAACAGUCCAGGAUUACUCGACGGAGUACGCAUCGCUCAAUCUGUGACGGGCUCCACAAAGCACCGCGCUCAUCUUUAAAUGCAGCCGUGGACAGAGAGAGAGAGAAAGAGAGAGAGAGCUGUAUACUCUUUCAAUUCGAAGUCCAAUUCACUGUCUAUUUACAUAGUAGUUAGUAAACACAUGUGUAACACAAUUACAAUGUUAUGAUGCAUUGUUACAAUGCACUUACUGUGGAAAUCCCUGUGCUCGAUAUAACCCUAUCCCUAACACUAACCCUAACCGUUUGCUGAUACAGCUGUGUACUUGCAUAUAUUGUGCAAAAAUAAUUUGUAACUAUGCAUAAUACCACUGUAAUGAUGAUAUUUACCAAAUACACUGUAAUGAGAGACACCAUGAAAAGUGUUACCUUUUUUUUUUUUUUAAAC